CGCGGGCAGGCAGCGGGCCGGGCGGGUGAGCGGGCCGGACGCGGGCGCCGGAGAGGCGGAGGCCAGCAGGGCGGUGGCCGCCGGAUCGCGCCCGGCCGCCGAGAUGCCGUUCUUGCAUGGCUUCCGCAGGAUCAUCUUCGAGUACCAGCCGCUGGUGGAUGCGAUUCUGGGCUCCCUGGGCGUCCAGGACCCCGAGCGGCAGGAGCCCCUGGACGGGCCCAGUUAUGUCGCCAGCGAGGAGAGCCGACUCCUUGUUCUCACUGAGCUGCUGGAGAGAAAGGCCCACUCUCCAUUUUACCAGGAGGGCGUGAGCAACGCCCUGCUGAAGAUGGCCGAGCUGGGGCUGACCCGCGCAGCCGACGUCCUCCUGCGGAACGGGGCCAACCUCAACUUUGAAGACCCAGUCACCUACUACACGGCCCUGCACAUCGCCGUCUUGCGAAACCAGCCGGACAUGGUGGAGCUGCUGGUGCGCCAUGGGGCUGACAUUAACCGGAGGGACCGGAUCCACGAGAGCAGCCCCCUGGACCUGGCCAGCGAGGAGCCGGAGCGCCUGCCCUGCCUGCAGCGCCUGCUGGACCUCGGUGCUGACGUCAAUGCAGCUGACAAGCAUGGAAAGACUGCUCUGCUCCACGCCCUGGCCAGCAGUGACGGCGUGCAGAUCCACAACACUGAGAACAUCCGGCUCUUGCUGGAAGGAGGGGCAGACGUCAAGGCUACCACCAAAGAUGGGGACACCGUGUUUACCUGCAUCAUCUUCCUGCUUGGGGAGACGGUGGGAGGGGACAAAGAGGAGGCCGAGAUGAUCAACCGCUUCUGCUUCCAAGUCACGCAGCUGCUGCUGGCUCACGGGGCCGACCCCAGCGAGUGCCCGGCGCACGAGUCCCUCACCCACAUCUGCCUCAAGAGCUUUAAACUCCACUUCCCUCUCCUGCGCUUCCUGCUGGAGUCUGGAGCCGCCUAUAACUGCUCCCUGCACGGGGCGUCCUGCUGGUCUGGCUUCCACAUCGUCUUCGAGAGGCUGUGUUCGCACCCGGGCUGCGCUGAGGAUGAGAGCCACGUGGACCUCCUGCGGAAAGCCGAGACCAUCCUGGAUCUCAUGGUGACUAAUUCCCAGAAACUCCAGCUGCCGGAAAACUUCGACAUCCAUCCUGUGGGCAGCCUGGCAGAGAAGAUCCAGGCCCUGCACGUCUCCUUGAGGCAGCUGGAGAGCUACCCGCCGCCCCUCAAGCACCUGUGUCGCGUUUACAUCCGGCUCCACCUUCAGCCGUGGCCUGUGGACGCGAAGGUCAGAGCCCUCCCUCUGCCCGACCGGCUGAAGUGGUACCUCCUCAGCGAGCACAGCGGCAGUGUGGAAGAUGGCAUCUGACAGUCCGGACUGAGGGGAGCGGGCUGGGCGCUCAGCCUGUUGGUGGUCAAGUCCCCACAGCCACCUUCGGGGAGGACCUGGGGUCCCGGCUGUCAGAAGGUGCAGGCUGAAGCCAGACUUGGUCCUCUGAGACGGAGAGCCCAGUGGAGUGCCGCAGCUGCCUUCAGUCCGGUGGGAGAAGGCUGCUCUGCCCCAGGGUGACAGCCCCCUCUCUGGUAGCACCCUCAGUCUCACCCACCCUGGAAAGAGGAGAGGGCUUAGAUUCGGGACAAGCUCACCCCUCAGCAGGGAGGCUGCGGGUCUGGGUGUUCCUGAGCUGCAGGAGGUGGUCCGUCCCGCACGGACGUGGCAGAAGCUGGCAGGAAGCGGGGUGGGGCUCUGCAGGUGCAGCCUGGCUGAACCCCUUCCCUGCUCUCGACUGGCGCUCACUGAGGCUUCUGGUGGGCUGGGGAGAAGGCUGAGCUGACCCUGCUGGCUUCUGCAGCUCUGGGACCAGGUCCCCGGGGAGCCCCCCGGCCAAGGCACACGGGUGGGCUUUGGUGGCAGCUGUUUGUGCCAAACCUGAGGUCUUGGGGACCACGCCUUCUACAACAGAGCAAUCAUGCAUGACCAGGGAUAACCCUGUCCAAAAUGUCUUGUUUUAUGAGGGGUUCACCCAAGUGGAAGCUCCCAAGACUGAAAGCUGACUGUCCUGCCCCAAGCGGAGCCCCCACAAAGCUGUUCUCAAGUCACAGUGAACUGUGUAAACACCUUAGGGAUAAGUGGAGGCAACAACGUGAUAUAUUUAUAUUAUAAAAUUAAAUGGAUUUCUCUCGGCCAGCAA